ACAAAAUGGCCCCCAAAUCUCGCAAGACACGGCAGUCCUCUUCUUCCCCGGUUCACGUCUUCAGUCCAUUUCAACGUCUCCGACCAACCCAAUGCCCUCCAAACCCUAGCCCCUAACCCCUCCCCCCUCGCGGCCAUGCCAGAUCUGAGCACCGUCUACCUCCCUCCAUUCCCCGAACUCUCCGUCGAAUCCGCCGGGGACCUCGCCGUCGACCACGCCGGAGAUGCCGCCGCCGCCGCCGACGCGGCGCCCGCACCCGCGUCUCCGUCCGCCUCUGUGGGCGGCGCUGGCGGCGGCGGCGCUCCCAUUCUUCCAGCGGAAUGCCGGUGGAACGGCCGCGUGCGCACCUUCGCCGUGGCCGGCGCGGGCGCGGGCGCGGGCGAUGGCGCUGUGGCCGCCUGCCCCGCCGCGCGCCGCGGCAGUGGGAAGAAACCGUCAUCCGCUCCGUCACCCACGCCCGCGCGUACGCCGGCGCCGGCUCGGACGCUCGAAGAGCACGUGAGCGAGUGGGCGGUGAGGAAGGCAGCGACCGGCAUCCCUGCCCGCCGCUGCGUGCUGCCUUUCCUCACUGGUGCGCCAAAGGCGGUCGAAUGCCGUUUAUGCUCCAAGAUUAUCUAUGCUGGAGAACAACUAAAAUGUACGGUUAGUCGUUGUCGAGAGAUGUUCCAUCUGACUUGUGCGGUGAAAGAUACUGCAAACUUCAUCGCUGAAAGCUUUAAGUGUCCUCAACAUGGCUGUAUGGUUUGUAAGCAAAAAAUGUUCUUUUGGCGUUGUGGACGUUGUACAGUUGCAGCACAUACAAAAUGUGCACCAUGGCCAGUGAUUCACCUAAAAGAUGACCAAGGAAGUGCAAUUUGCUGGAGGCAUCCUUCUGAUUGGCUCCUGCAAAAUGAGAAUGCUGGCCUUACCAACAGCAUAGAGGAAGUUUUUUGUCGGCUACCUCUUCCAUAUGUUAACGAAGACUUCAAUAUUGAUUCAACCAUCAGAGAUUUUGCCGAGGUUGUUUACAAGCCACCCCCCUAUACGCCCAUCAGACGCAAUGUAUAUUUAAUCAAGAAGAAACGUGCUGGUGUUCGUAUGGAUACUGGGUGCACAAACUGCAGUGCAGAUUCUACUUGCAAAGAUGAUUGUGAAUGCAGGGGUCUUUCAAUGAGUUGUUCCAAGAAUUGCCGCUGCUCAGAUCUAUGUACCAACAAGCCGUUCCGCAAGGAUAAGAAAAUUAAAAUUGUGAAGACAAAGCGGUGUGGAUGGGGUGCUGUUACAUUGGAGCCUUUGGAGAAAGGUGAUUUUGUAAUCGAGUAUGUUGGUGAAGUCAUUGAUGACGCGACAUGUGAACAAAGGCUUUGGGAUAUAAAACUGCGCGGUGACAAAAACUUCUACAUGUGCGAAAUCAGCAAAGAUUUUACAAUAGAUGCAACAUUUAAAGGAAACGUUUCACGUUUUCUAAACCACAGUUGUGAGCCCAACUGUAAAUUAGAAAAAUGGCAGGUUGACGGUGAGACAAGAGUUGGUGUUUUUGCCUCUCGUUCCAUCGAAGUUGGAGAGCACUUAACUUAUGACUACAGGUUUGUGCAUUUUGGGGAGAAGGUCAAAUGCCAUUGCGAGGCAUUAAACUGUCAGGGAUACCUGGGCAGCCAAAUAAAGAAUCCAACUCAAAAUGCUCUUGCAACUGCCUCAUUGCAAGGCCAGUUGCUAGAAUAUUUGCCCACACAAGACAGCUCUGCUUCGGCAUUGAAACCAAUGACUCAUUUGUUACCCUGGACCAACUGUAUAGAGGUCUCUUUUAACUUGAGAAGCAAAAGGAAAAUAAACCGGUUAUGCUGGGGGGGCAAGCGGAAGAGAACAUCCCUUGUGGUUUCUUCGACUAGCAUGCAAACGUCGUUGAGUGAAGCUCCUGCCGUGGAUCUCCUGUCACCCUUCCCAUAAAACUCCUGCUGAGGCUCGUUCUGUAUAAUGUAUUUGUCAUACAUUAUUAUAUACAUUGAUUGGAACCAUUCUUUCACAUUGCUCAUCUAUGUUGUAACCUGUAACAUUCUUUAUUUGAUAUCAUAGGGAAUCCGUUCGAUUUACAGUUGGUACUUAGCAGAAACCAUGUACUCAGAUUUUAUGAUGCAAUUAAUGUUGAGGUUAGGGUAUUAUUUAUUUA